UAAAUUUAAAAAUUGUACCAUGCAAAUGAGUUCCUAAUUUCUAAUAAUCUAGCAGAUUUUACACAAACAUUUUAUAUCACCAACAAUGUUACACGUUUAGAACCAAUCACUUACAAACAAAAGAAAUGAUAAAAUCCCAUGUAAAACAUGUAAUGAUAAUUAGUUUUACUCUGUAUUUAGCAUAUAAGAUUAAAAAUAUACAUAAGAAAAUUAUUGUCAAAUAUUGUAAACAAAAAGAAGAACAUCCGCACACAAUAUUAUGCUAUAUCCAAAUUUAACGACCCGAGGACAGGCCAAAUUCAAAGGUUGGGGGAGUGACAUACCAUAUGCAUAAGUCCCUAAGACUUAAGCACAUGCCUACACAGCACACCCAAAUACACCCUACACUACUCCGGAUGUACCUAAUGGAUUCCAGGCCACACAACGACCGCUCAGCGAACGGCCAUUGCCACCAGCGAAGAAAUGUUUACAUGACACUUGGACAGGAAACCCCUACUCCUCCGGACUGGGUAAUAAGAGCACGACUCAGCAAAGAACUGACCCACUCAAGAGUAGGCAACACAGCACUUCGGAAUUUCGACCCAAAAAUUCACCCACUCAUGAGUCUGCGACGCAGCACUUAUGGAUUAACACUUACACUUGUAGUAUUUAAGACACUAUGUAUUUCCUUCUCGCAGCAGAGGUCGAAUUGUGACCCGAGCUAGAAUAUAGAAUCAGAUCAGUUUUUGUGACCGAACAAACAACACGUCCUCUUAUUCAGUCGGGACCUGAAACUUCGGGCUCUUUGCAGAAAACCUACAACUCCAACCACGAUUUAAGGAAAUAAGGAUUCCUUAAUCAUAACUGGCGCAGCCGACGACUACGAACCAAGAUGGAUUCAUUGAUGCUAAUACUAUUGUAAGCACACACACACACAUUACCUAGAUGGUCACCUGUGAGUAGAAAAUUUUUUUUAAUCGGAGUGGUAUUACUUUUAAAGAAAAGUGGGACAUGGAAAAAAGUAAGAGCAA